UUGUAAAUAGUAAUCUAUAGAUUCCGAUUCUUACCUUUAAGAUUAAUGUAUACGAAACGUCCCUAAAGCUUUACCGGUAUCGUCCAUGAUUCCCACUUCAGCUUCUCUUUUCCGCUUCAAAAUUAGGGUUUUCAAGACCACAAAGAACGAUAGGACAAACUCAUCGUCCUCUUUCUCUCUCUAUAACCUAAAAGCAAAUCUUCUCCUUCAUUCGCUGCUCUCGUCUAAGAAUCUGGUAAAAUUAUCCUCUUUAAUCUCGGAACAAUACUUUCCGUUUACGCCCUUGGCCAGGCACAAAUGAAAUCGGAGGAAUUGGGAGUAGAGUUCUGCUCAGUUUCAAAUAAACCCCGAGGAAGUAACGCCACCUUCGAUUGCUCUCAUUCUGGUCCCUGCGUUCCUUGCCUCUAUUCGGAAAAGACAUGGCUGUAGAGGAUGAAGUAACAACGGAAGGCGAAGUAAGAAUGGAAGGCUCUUCUUCCUCUUCCUCUUCUUCUUUUAUUCGUGAUUCUCAGGGCUCUGAUGAGAAACGAGAUAUGCUUUCUCCAGAAGAUAUUGCUUGGGUGGACUCCUGCUUGAUCAAAGAACCUGAAAUAUCUGAUGGCAACUGGAAUUCAAUGAAAGAUGCCUUGCUGGAAGUUCUGACCUAUCAGCCAGAAUUAUACAAUUCGCCUGCAUCUGCGAGUGAUAGACGCCCUACGGAAAGCAACUUUGAGAUGCUUACUUCCAGAGAGGGUGCAGAAGCUGAUCAGUCUCUGGAAAUGGGAGAAGAAAUUCAAGAGUUCACAAGAACUGCUAAUGCUACUUCUCCUAUCAAGGAAGAAGCUGAGAGUAGUAAUGGCAAUUUUCGGACCAAGGACAUCGAUGAUUUGCAGUCGCUAGCUUUUGUAGGGAAUCCGUUUCUGCCAAGUUACACUAAUGGUUUGAAAGAGACUCAAACUAUCAUGUCAGGUUCUGAUUCGAGUUCGUCGGUGGAUGAGAUAGAGCCGUCAUCUAAGGAUAUCUUCAGGGUCUGGGAUUUGGACAUUCCAGCAGAGGAAAAUGAGCUUGAUAAGCAGUUGAACAAGAUUCUUAAAGAAAGUGACCUUCAAUCUGAACCAUCAGCUUUUGAUGAUUCUAGUGCAGGGAAAGAUCUGAAAGAAGAGUCACUCGAUGAUGUUAUUGCUGCCAUUUCGGAGAUCUCUUUGAAUUAACAUAUAGUAGGAAAAGAUAAAUAAAUUUUCCAUGUACAUAUCUGUCCCUUCGAUUUGUUUGCUACUUUUUGUUUCUUAAUACUUUAUCUAGACAUUGACAAGGCAUUUGGCUC